ACAGUCAAGUGUGUGGGUGUGGUGUUUUCACCCCUCUGCUCGGGGUGAAAACUGUAUCCUCCUAGCAUCAAGGUGAAUCAGAAACAUUGUGCGGUCCAGCUCCUCUACUCUCCUCUGGCCUGCUAUCACUUCAGGGAUCAGGAGAACAAGAUGGAGGGUCAUUUAUGGAUGACAACGAUCCUCCUGUCCUUCUGUCCUCUGAUCCUCCUGUCCUUCUCUCUUUCAGAUCAUCUGUUUACUGAACUCUCCCAACAUCCCAACUGCAAAGACAGACCUCUGUCCAUACAGAGUGUAUCUCUCCACAGCAGAGUGUCCAUCUCCUGCCCCAACAUGACAGGAGACGAUCUGAGAUUCCACCUCUUUUUGAACCAGUCCCUCGUUCACACCACAGUGCUCAAGAGGAACCAGAAUCACACCAGAAACAACCAAUCAGACACCUGGGUCCAGUUCUACCUAGCUGAACAGAACCUGAACCACAACCUAACCAACCGCUAUGUGUUCACGGUCAAUGGAACAGGACUGUACAUCUGCAGAGCAGAGAGGCUGUGGUCACCCCCUUAUAAAGUGGACUGUGUUCACACUCUACUGAUAACAGAGAAGCAGUGUCUGAAACCCCACGAUCCACUGACCACUUGUGUGCAGGAUCAUAAUCCCCUCCUUCUGUGUCUGCUGCUGGUGGGAUGUGGGGUGCUACUCCUCUACAGCACCAUCCUCACCAUCACCGUCGUCCUCAUCUGGAGGAAGCUGAAGAAGGAAGUGUCUGCUCAGACUACAUACCUGAACAUAAGGCUAGGAGAGAAGAGAGUUCCUCAGAGAGUCCAGUAUCCAGUCACCGGAAGGUUCUGACGCUGACCUUCCUAAGGCUGUGCGUGCACGACUUUUGUGCACUAUGUAGGGAAUAGGGUGCCAUCUGGGACUUAGCCGAUUGGCUCUUCAAUCAAUCUACUGACGCAUUCAACGGCUCGAACGGCUUCACGAUGCAUUGGAACGGCUUCAUACUGCAUUGGAACGGCUUCAUACUGCAUUAGAAUGGCUUCAUACUGCAUUAGAAUGGCUUCAUACUGCAUUAGAACGGCUUCACGAUGCAUUGGAAUGGCUUCAUACUGCAUUGGAAUGGCUUCAUACUGCAUUAGAACGGCUUCACGAUGCAUUAGAACGGCUUCACGAUGCAUUAGAACGGCUUCACGAUGCAUUGGAAUGGCUUCAUACUGCAUUGGAAUGGCUUCCUACUGCAUUAUAAUGGCUUCAUACUGUAUUAGAAUGGCUUCAUACUGCAUUAGAAUGGCUUCAUACUGCAUUAGAACGGCUUCACGAUGCAUUGGAAUGGCUUCAUACUGCAUUGGAAUGGCUUCAUACUGUAUUAGAAUGGCUUCAUACUGCAUUAGAAUGGCUUCAUACUGCAUUAGAACGGCUUCACGAUGCAUUGGAAUGGCUUCAUACUGCAUUGGAAUGGCUUCAUACUGCAUUAGAAUGGCUUCAUACUGCAUUGGAACGGCUUCAUACUGCAUUAGAAUGGCUUCAUACUGUAUUAUAAUGGCUUCAUACUGCAUUAGAAUGGCUUCAUACUGCAUUAGAAUGGCUUCAUACUGCAUUAGAAUGGCUUCAUACUGUAUUAGAAUUGCUUCAUACUGCAUUAGAAUGGUUUCAUACUGCAUUAGAAUGGCUUCAUACUGCAUUAGAAUGGCUUCAUACCACAUUAGAAUGGCUUCAUACUGCAUUAGAAUAGCUUCAUACUGCAUUAGAAUGGCUUCAUACUGCAUUAGAAUGGCUUCAUACUGCAUUAGAAUGGCUUCAUACUGCAUUGGAAUGGCUUCAUACUGCAUUGGAACGGCUUCAUACUGCAUUAGAAUGGCUUCAUACUGCAUUAGAAUGGCUUCAUACUGCAUUAGAACGGCUUCACGAUGCAUUUGAAUGGCUUCAUACUGCAUUGGAAUGGCUUCAUACUGCAUUAGAACGGCUUCACGAUGCAUUAGAACGGCUUCACGAUGCAUUAGAACGGCUUCACGAUGCAUUGGAAUGGCUUCAUACUGCAUUGGAAUGGCUUCCUACUGCAUUAUAAUGGCUUCAUACUGUAUUAGAAUGGCUUCAUACUGCAUUAGAAUGGCUUCAUACUGCAUUAGAACGGCUUCACGAUGCAUUGGAAUGGCUUCAUACUGCAUUGGAAUGGCUUCAUACUGUAUUAGAAUGGCUUCAUACUGCAUUAGAAUGGCUUCAUACUGCAUUAGAACGGCUUCACGAUGCAUUGGAAUGGCUUCAUACUGCAUUGGAAUGGCUUCAUACUGCAUUAGAAUGGCUUCAUACUGCAUUGGAACGGCUUCAUACUGCAUUAGAAUGGCUUCAUACUGUAUUAUAAUGGCUUCAUACUGCAUUAGAAUGGCUUCAUACUGCAUUAGAAUGGCUUCAUACUGCAUUAGAAUGGCUUCAUACUGUAUUAGAAUUGCUUCAUACUGCAUUAGAAUGGUUUCAUACUGCAUUAGAAUGGCUUCAUACUGCAUUAGAAUGGCUUCAUACCACAUUAGAAUGGCUUCAUACUGCAUUAGAAUAGCUUCAUACUGCAUUAGAAUGGCUUCAUACUGCAUUAGAAUGGCUUCAUACUGCAUUAGAAUGGCUUCAUACUGCAUUGGAAUGGCUUCAUACUGCAUUAGAAUGGCUUCAUACUGCAUUAGAAUGGCUUCAUACUGCAUUAGAAUGGCUUCAUACUGCAUUGGAACGGCUUCAGAGUACAUUAUUCUUACAGACUUUAAGUAAAGUUUUACCAAUCAGGAUGUUUGUAUUAAAGAGUGUUCACCGACACUGUAUAAUCUCUGUGUUGUUCCAUAACAAUGACUCCCUCCCUAUUGGUUAAUGCUUUGUACGAAGCUGUUUGUGUUUGAAAAGUAAAGGAAGGAGAAAGUUCAUGUGAGUUUCACUUCGUACCCUCACGUUAGGCCCUCACCACACGUUCUUCCUGACAUGC